AUAUGGUAACUGAAAUGAGCCAUGCAGAAUCCAUCAAACGAGUUGUCGACCAAAAACUCUCCUCACACGAAGGAUUUGAAUCCCAUAUGUUCAAGAUUGGAUCUUACAAUGAAGCAGUAGGUGAGAGUAGCCCAUUUGCUCUUCCGUACGAUGACUCAACAAUGGCUCUUCUAAUUCUCAGCACUCCUGACAUGUUUGACGUUGCAUUCCGUAAAUGGGUUGUACAGAAAACAAUGGAUUUCGGAUCGUUCGAUGAAGUUUGUGAGAUGGUCUCAUCUCCAAUUCAGAGCUUUUUGGAGGAUCGUCUUGAAAUUAUGAGCGAGAAACUGCGAAAAGUCGAGGAAAACUUUGAAAUUUUGCACGAUUACUCGAUGACUCCACAACGAAGACCGAAAAUUCUGAUGCAAACAUGCGGGCAUGUUGCUGGAGCAGCUUUCUACUAUCAGCCUUGUCAUUUUCAAGAAGACGGAGUUACAUGGCCUCCUGCAGGCCGUAUGGGUCCAAAUUUGAAAUUCAUCGGCCUCAGUCUACAUCCAAUCUACGGUGGACACUUCGCAUUUCGAUCGGUUCUCAUCUUCCCCAAUGUCAAAAUUCCGGAAUUCUGCGAAAAGGAACCCCGUCCGAUUCUGACGGCUUCUGAAGAUGUUCGCACAGCACUGGAGAAAUUCAAUUACAAUUGGAAGGACUCUGGAUUCCGUGAUUUUGGAAAUCCAACGCGACGAUAUUCCACGACUCAAAUGGAAUUUUUUGGACGCCCCGUCGCGGAGAGAUGGGAGGUUUUGAGACCAUGGGUCGACGGAGGAGCAAAGAAUAUCGACUAAUAUUAGAUUAAAUGUUUUUGAGAUUUUAUCUGAUUUUUUAGCCAUAAUUUUUAUAGGUGCUGUGUUAUAUUAGUUUAAUAGAAUCUAUUAUUAGUUAAGCCCUACCCUUAUUGCCAUUUCUUCAAUUGAUGAGCAGCUUUGUAUUAUGCCAUUUCACACGAAUCUACACAUUACCCACGGGAUAUUUUAUUGUCGAAUUCUAUCUUAUUAUCGCUCAAUUUCCAGCGAAAGCCUUGGUUGUGAUCAUUGUUCUCCCAGUGUAUAGCUUUUUUUCAUAAAUUUGAACGGUGACUAAA